AUGAAAGAUGCCACCAAACCUAAUGCUACUCUUAAAUUAAAGUCAAAUAGAUAAAAGAAUCUAUGGAUCACUAAAAGCAUUAAAAAAGUGAGAUAAUUCAGAAAACGUCAAAGACUCGUUGCAACUCAAUCAACUGUCAUAAAUGAAACUAAAUAGAAUGCUAAAAAGCUUUUUAAUAGCAAUGAUAAAAAUGAGAUCAAUUUGCCUGCUCAUAAGAAGCCAUAUGAGUAAAUAUAUAUAUCAGGAAAUGAUGUGGAUGAAGACAUUCACUGUGAUGUGUGCUUGGAAUUUGAACAAGAGGACGAUGAUUAGAUUAUUAUUUGUGAACUUUGCAAUGUAGCUUGUCAUUAGUAAUGCUAUGGUAGUGAAUUACUAGCUGGGCUUACAACUGAAUCAUGGUAUUGUUAAAGAUGCAAAACAAUCAAGGAUAAUAAUGUGAAAUGUGAUGAUAUCAAAUGCUUCUUAUGUCCUGAUAUCAAAGGCUUGAUGAAGGAAAUCAGUAAAGAUAAAUGGGCUCAUGUGAUAUGUGUUAAUUGGAAUCCAGAUAUUUACUUCAAUGAUGAGAAAGUUGAGGGUGUUAGUGGAGAUGUUCAGCCUCAAAGGUUCCAGUUGUCCUGCAAUAUGUGCAAAGUUAGUGGCUAAGGGGCUUGCAUACAAUGUGACUUUAAGAGCUGCUCUCGUAGUUAUCAUGUAAGAUGCGCUGUCAAGAGAGGUCUCAUAGAUCAAUGGAGCACUUACGAAGAGAAAUAUGGAGAAGAAGUAUCUUAGCAUUUCGUUCCAAUCUUUUGCUGUUAACAUCAAGACAAAGGAGAUAAGUUAUUCAAGCAAGAAGGGUAAAAAGGACUGAUCUGUAAAUAGUUUACUCCUGAGUACCGUGAAAGAAUCGCCUAAAUUAACAAGGAAAAAGCUAAAAAUGCAUCUCAAAAUAACGCUCAAGCUAAGAUUAAGAAUAAAUUAAAACUCAACCAAAAGGUUAUACUCAAAAAGAAAUAAAAUGGGAGCAAAAUCAGAGGCAGGUUGGGUAAGAUCACCGAUAAAGAUUUUAAAAUGCUAAGAAUUAAUGCUAAAAAAUCUAAUGGAAGAAGAAAUCAAUUGAAUAAACCUUUGGCAAAAUCAAAAAGUAUUAAGAAGGCCAGAGUAAAUUAAGCAAAAAAGAAAUAGCAAAUAUAGGUUGCUUAAAAAACUUAAGUAUAAACUGCAUAGAGAAAUCAAUAAAAGAAAAAGGUUACUGAAAGUAUCAAACCUUGCAUUCAAGAACCAGUUUAAAAACAUAAUUAGCAAGAUUAGCUUCAAACUCUCAUAACACAAGCUAGGGUCAUGAUACCUUAAGAGUAUCAAGCUUAAUUUGACCAAUUCAUCUCAGCAUUUUAGAGUGUUGGAGUGCCUCAGUCUCAAUACUAAGAAGCUUUGAGUAAUUUCAUGUCCAAGAUGCCUCUUAUGAAUAUGAAUAAUCAGAUUCAAUCUCAAUCAUUUAUACCAGCUCAAAAUCAAAUUGAAACAUCUGGUUAGGGAAAAAAGAUUAAAACUGCUGGUAAAAGGGUAGCUACUAAAGGCAAGGGGAAAGGAUAAAUCUAAGCAAAGAAUUAGGAAAAUAUAGCUUAGUAUAAUUAGAUUUCAAAUCAAGCAGAGCAAUUUAAUUAUUUCCCAGCAGCACUGAGUCAAUUUCAACUACCUCAAAUGUCAAUUGAAAAUACCAGAUUCGUGAAUCCAUGCCUCUUUGGCAACGGUGGGCAGGUGAUGAAACUCAACUGA